AUGUUUUGUUCCUCGCUCCGCAAGCGUUCAGAAUGGACAUCGGCGAUCCCUCUCCUGAGCGGGAGUACGCCUCGUCUUCAAGGUACCGGAAUGUCCUCCUCUUCGUGGGAUUGGGAACACUCACUGACGGGGACCAUAGAGGGCAGGCUUAACACACACGACAUCGCGCUUCCCCUCCCACAACAGCAGGGCCGCGUCCUUCGUCUAGUCCUCCUCUCACCAAAGGACAUCGGCACGGCAGCCACAGAGCAGCGUCUGGAACGCCUGUUUAACCUCAACGGAGGUCACGACGCAUUCAUUCUCUUCCUCCUCAACCAGCAAGGACAUGACACGAAACCGACAGUGGCCUUCAUGAAUCUGCAGAUUGACAUUCUCAGCAAGCUCGACCUCCCCCUGGUCCCUCUCACUUCCAUCUCGUCCCUCCCUUCUGCCCUCGCUAAUCUCCGGACCGCCUUUGCCGCAGCACAGCACGCUACUUCCCCAGCCCAAGCCACCUCCCUCUCUCUCCCCCUCCUCCAGCACUUGGCCAGCGGCAACGGUCCCCUCUCGGAGCAUAUGACCAACCUCCUGAGCGAACUCGGUCAGUCGCCGCGCGAGAUUGCCGGCCUCGCCGAGACGGCACAGGGAAAGGCGCGAAUCUUGGGCCUAUUGGGCCCAGUAGAUGGGGCGCGGGUUCUCUCGUUCCUGGCGCAAGAGAAACAGGUCUUCGCUUGA